AAGCACUGCCCCAUGCGCGCUGACCCGCCGCCGGUAGCUCGGUAGUCGGCAACCGACGACAAGUUCCUCCCGCGGUGCUGGCGUGCGGGUCUCGUAAACCAUGGGGAAUGGGAUGAACAAGAUUCUGCCUGGCUUGUUCAUUGGCAACUUUAAAGAUGCCCGAGAUGUAGAGCAGUUGAGUAAGAAUAACAUUACCCACAUUCUCUCAAUCCAUGACAGUGCCCGCCCUAUGCUUGAGGGAGUGAAGUACCUGUGCAUUCCUGCUGCUGACUCACCCUCGCAGAACUUGGCAAGACAUUUCCGAGAGAGCAUCAAAUUUAUACAUGAGUGCCGACUGGCAGGUGAAGGCUGCCUAGUUCAUUGCCUUGCAGGUGUCUCCAGGAGUGUAACACUGGUGGUUGCCUACAUCAUGACCAUCACAGAGUUUGGUUGGGAAGAUGCUCUGUCUGUUGUCCGUGCAGCAAGAUCCUGUGCCAAUCCUAACAUGGGCUUCCAGAGGCAGCUACAAGACUUUGAAAAACAUGAUGUUGACCAGUUCAGGCAGUGGCUGAAAGAAGAAUAUGGGGAAAACUCUUCUCAGGACCUGCAAGAAGCCAAAAGUCUUCUGAGCAAAUACAAAGAACAGGCAGAGUUGCAGCAGAGUACUGGAGGAAGACAAUGGAAUAACAACUUCUCUGUGCCCUCUCUCUCAUACAGCAAUUAUACAACAGAGACCUAACCAUAGGAGGUGGAUUUGGGUUUUGUUGGGUUUUUUUCUUUCUGCCUUUGAAAAGCAUCUUGCCGUAAUUUCCAUCCCAUCUUUGAGACUCUCAGCAGUAUCAUGCAAACACUUGAUUUGUAGAAAGCUUCUUGAUGCAAAUACUACAUGAUGUGUGUGUGAGUGAGUGUGGUUCACGCAGUUCUACAACCUGGGCAGGAGCAAGCAUUCUGUGUGCCCAGAGACAUGGUGGUGUCCUGUGGCUGGGCCAGUUCACCAGCCAGCCACAGCCAUUAGCCUUGUAUGCCCAUGUUGCCUGGCAUUUGCUGUGAGGUUAGCUCAACUCCUUUUUGUUACAGGCUAGCAGAGGGCUCCCAGAGAUGAAGUCUGGUGCCUCAAGCUGUGGCAGUUGGAUAUCUCUGUGGUGUUAAUGUGGCAAAGAUGUUAUUGCAGCUGCAGAUGGGAACUGGGGUAUCUCUGCUGCUCCUGUUCACAGUCUGUUGGUAAGCAGUACCAUGGAGGUGGGCUUGGACUUGAGUGCUAGGCUGUAAACCGGAGCAGGUGAGAUAGGGGCAUGUGUCCCUCUCUACCAACAGUAGCAUGUGGAGAGAAGUGGGACAGACAGCUCUGAGUAAUAGCACCUUCAACUGCCACAGUUUUACUUGCUUCAGUGCAUGUGAGACAGGGCUGUCGGCAGAACUGCCACAGACCAAGAGCACCGAGGCAGUUACCACAGCUCAGCUGAUGUGCAGUGAUUUAAGCCUUGAUUGUGCAUCUGCUCUCCCACAAUAAGCUUCUCUGGAGAAGACUUUACCAGGUCUCCAGUGCCCUGCUGACCUUCAUUCCCUGCGGAACACGUGCUUCUUCAGCACACCCCUGCACACACCAGAACGUGUCUCCAAAGAGUGGGCUUGGGUGUGAAUGUGAGCACCUGCUUCUUUUGCCUGUGCUGUGGUUUGCUCUUUGACUCCAGCUACCUCAGAAAUGCUCUUCUUGUCAUUGUGGUUGUCCAUGCAACCUUCAGAAUUGCCUUCUAUAAUCUUAAUCUGACACUGAGUGAAGUAAGUGCGUGGCUGAGAGUGUGUGUGCAUAUCUCACAAGUGUCUGUAUUGGAGGAGGUUAUUGGGUUGUUUUUGUUUGGGGUUGUUUUGUGAAGAUCGACCAUAUUUCUCACUGGUUUCAAAACUGAGUUGUUUGGAUUCAAAUUUCUGUCAUUUUAAAACCACUCUCUGUUCUGCUGUGCUCAUGUUUGUAGGAAUGCAUUUGUAAGAUAUAUUUUAAACUAGGUGAAAACCCGGGGCCGUACUCAUGUGAACAUGAUUUUUGCUCUUGGUGGUGUUGUGUGUUCUGGAGUGGAGCCUGACUCAAGUGUAUCCUCAGAGUAACUUCAGAUGUCACCAGGGAUGCUGGGCAGUGUCUUGACUUCUGAUUAAGUCAUGGCGGGGUGACACUGAUGCCAAGAUUGUGGUUUCUUGCUGUGGACUCAGAGGAUAAAAGACAUGUUUUUCUUGAGGAUUCCAGAAAACAAAGAGCACCUCCCAAACAGCCAGGAGCGAACCCCACCCCCAACCCCCUUGUUUAAAGGUGGUGUGUAGCCUGCUGAGAACUGUGCACUGAAGGAGGAGCAGCCAGCACACCAGACAGACAGUCUGUCUCCAUUUCCUUGGUGCUCUGACCUCACAUCCCUGUAGGAUAUUCCAAUCCAUAGGAUUUCCUACUUGCUUUGGGGGGCAGUGAAUUUUUGGGAUGGGAGCAAGGUUUUUGGGGCCAAGUGAGCUCUGGCUGAUUAAUAUCUUUUAUGUAUGUUCAAAAAGUACAUUUUGGCUUGUGAAAUACAGAUCUUGGGUAUCACCAAUUGUCUGAAAGGACAAAAAGGGAAUGGGGUGGAACUGGCCUGAUUGUUUUAUCUGAGUUCAAGCCUGCAUCAGGGUUCUCAUUGCACUAAGUGUUCUAAGUCUACUGGAAAUAGCAAGAGCAGGAUGAUCAUAUCUGUGUCAUAUUAAGGGGUGUUGCUGGAUUUGGGAAAGGUGCUGGAAUUGACUUUGGUUCCAAGCUUUUUAGCUUCUCACUAUGUAUUUGGUAUAUCCAGCAACUACUCUGCAUUUUCCUGGUAGUGUAAGUCUUUAACUCUUCUUGAAAAUAUUGAUCUGUGUGUAAUGGGUGGUUUAGGAGCUCCAGGACAGCAGUGCCCAUGUUGGUAGUCCCCUCUGUUCUCUGAGGGUGAUUGGGAAAUGCUUUCCUCGGUAACAGGGUCUGACAUGCACUCAGGAAGCUGGUCCUGUUGUUCAACCCUCUACCCAUUCUAGGAUGCAGCCAGUUCCCGUAGGGCAGUUUUUUUCAGGAGCAUCCUGCUUGUGCUCCUGCAGUAUCUAGUCCAUCCCUCUGUUGCUGACUGCCAGCAUGGUGUGUCCCAUCACACUUCUGGCCCUCUCUUUGAGCGCUGGUGGGUCAGCAAUGCUGUCUCCUGUUCUGACAAACAUCAUGCAGAAUGGGAGACAUCUGUUAAUGUUUUUGUUUCCAAGGUGAUUCUGUAGUGGAUUUCUUUAAUACUUUGGUUAUCCCCAAAGAGUCCAUCCCACAAUAGGAAGUAUUUUAGCACUGAAUUUGGCAGGUACAGGGUAUAAAGCAGGAGGAUGAGGGACUGCCACGUUGUCAGUGAGUGGAAGUGCUUCUCUCUUUAAAGACAGAAGAGAUCUGUGGCCUGUUGCUUCUGCAUCUCAUUGAGUGUCUCUAUGUUCUGUAGACUUCAUUUAAGAGUGGUAGAAGAGCAACAGCAGUCUAAGAUGACAGUUCUUGCCUUUUGGCCUUUUGAAAGGGAGAGGAACAGAGUGACUGAGAAGGUGACACAACUUGUCUUCCAGCCUGCUUCUCAGCUUUCUAGCUGUCUGGGACAUGCCUAGAUCCCAGUCAACCUCAUUGUAGUUGUCCUUCAUAGUGUAGGCAAUUAUUCAGUAUUCUCUUUUUCCGUAUUUCAACACACUGUCCUCAUUUUGAUGUUCACUGGAAAAUGUAGAAAGUUUCUAUCACCUUGUUGGAUACCCAGAUUUGAAAUGUAUGGGGUUUUUUUAAUUGUGUUUUUAUUUUUUUUGGUGGUGGUGAGGGCUAAAAUUGAUAUCCAAGUGUGAUGAUAAGCAAAUGUUUCAUGUAGGUAAUGGGGAAAUGCAUUAAUAUUUAUUAUUACUCUGAUUUUUUUUUUUAACCUGGAAAGAGUUGCUUCCUUACAUUUUGGGGUUGAGUGGGAAGAUAUGGUCAAUCAUGUCUGUUUUUUUUAGAAGACAGUCAUAACACUGGUUGCCUAUAAAGAUGUCAGUGAAAAAUUAUAGUGAUUACUUCAGCUGGUUUGAAAACUUUUAAACCUGGUAAGCUUCUGGAUUUUCUGUCUUCCUCUUCUGGGCAUCUUAGCGAAGCCUCGAUUGCUUUUUCCAAAUGUUUGUAUUUAA